GGCUCGUGGCGUAACGAGUCCGGCGGUCAGUCAAUCAUCACGCGCCAUGGAUUCCUUAAAGGCGAAGGACUUUUUCCGUCUGUGAAUGUGAAUCGAAAGAACGAAUUAAUGUGCACUUCAUAUUGCCCGGCAAAUUCCGAAUGCAUCGACGGUAUUUGUCGUUGUACCAAAGGAUUCGGAGGCAAUCCACUUUUUGGAUGUGAAGAUAUCGACGAGUGCAUGACUGACGAUCCUUGCCCCAAGGCAAAGUACACGUGGUGUGUGAACACCAUUGGCAGCUACCAUUGUUGCACACCCGAAAGUCUCAGCACCGACUGCAUAGGUCUCGAAAUCGCUGCAGGACCAGGUGGUGGAAUGAAACUAAUCGGUCUCGGGAAGGAAGGCGAAACAUUCUUGGCUGCGUCUAUGAACGAAUCGACCACUGGCGAGACCAUUUCUCAGAGCAUUCAUGAGGUUCGCAACUUCUCCGGAGGCGAAAUACUCGUCGUCAAGAACAAAGUUAAGAGCGAUAUUUUCGACACAAAAGCGAAGGAAGGUGAAGUUGGACUGGAAAUCUCCGGCGACAGUGCCGCUAAAAAAGCUACCUUGGAAACAUUCCCAUUGCCGGCCAGCAUUUCAUUCGAAUCCACUACCGCUGAGCCUGUUAUCACUGUCACAUUACCGGGAGUGAUCUCGACCCUCGGUGGAGCAUCCACUUUUACCACUUCUAUUCCAAUCACUGAAAUACCAGUCCAUGGUUCGAGCCCUCCGACGCCGGUACGAUCGAAGAAUGGAAGCUUGGAGGUGGAAAUCGAUGGCAGUGGUGCCGAUGUGAUCGAAGACGGAGCUCGAAGGAAGGGCACUUCAACUACCCUAUCGAUGACCGAGGAGUCUGGAUCUGGAGAAGAACCGACGGAGGCCGGUACUGAAACAGCAACUGCUGUUAUCAAACAGAACAGGGAAUCAGCAAAGAGUGCCGAAACUGAACAAACCACUGCAAAGACUGAAGAAAAAGAGCUGACAGGACAUGAAGAUGAGGAUCUUAUCGGAACAACAGCCACAAGUACAGAAUCUGUAACCCGGAUAGCUAUCAGUGGCGAAGAGGUUAAUCAAGAGGAACAAGACAAGAAAAUCGGCAAAGGUGGUACCAAAUCUGGAACAAGUUCUACACCAACAUCUGGAGCUACAAGCUCUCCUGCGGCUUCUGAUAAGGGCGCUACCUCUGCGCCUGGUGCCACUAUCGUCACAACGUCUGGAACUGGUUCUGCUUCUGCUUCUGGAGUUACCAUUGUCCCAGCAUCCGCGUCGACCCAUGGGCCUGACUCUGAAGCGAAGUCCAAAUCUGAUUCUGGAUCUUCGGGUACAAAACUCUUCUCACCUUCUGCAACGACUCUCAGUCCUUCUGAGUCCACUCCAGCUGGAGUUAGUGUAGACGUUGCCACGAACGAAAAGGACAAGAGUCCGAUGACACCAACAAAGGACGAACAAGGCUUGGAGAUCUCCUUCAGACCUACUGGAGGCCAUUCAGCCGCAAAAACACCUUCUCCACCAAAGAUCGGUGUCGAUCUUGAGGGUUCCGGAGAAGAACCUAGCGAUUCG